GGCCGCCCCGCACCCGCGGAACGGCGCCGGCACAGACCCCGCACGGAGCCCGCCGAGCCGCCCGCAGCACCGCCGCGAGCCCGCCCCGCCGCCAUCCAUCCCCACAUCGCAGGAAUGGUUCUUAGGUUGCCUUGGAGAUGAUGGUGCUGUCGAUGUAGGGCUGGAGCUGGAUGGUGUGGGCAGCAUGGACCUGGUGAACGGACAGCCCAGCAGUGUUAACAUUGCAGCCACUGCUUCAGAGUGUUUCUGUUUGUUUCUGCAGAAGAGUAGCAGCUCUGAGUCCUUGAGUGACAAAGGUUCAGCUGAACUGAAGAAGAGCUUUGAUGCCGUGGUGUUUGAUGUUCUGAAGGUCACACCAGAGGAAUAUGCGGGUCAAAUAACACUAAUGGAUGUGCCUGUAUUUAAAGCAAUUCAGCCAGAGGAGCUGGCAAGCUGUGGCUGGAAUAAAAAAGAGAAAUACAGUUCUGCACCAAAUGCUGUUGCUUUCACCAGAAGAUUCAAUCAUGUAAGCUUCUGGGUUGUUAGAGAGAUUCUGCAUGCACAGACUUUGAAAAUACGAGCUGAGGUUUUGAGCCACUACAUUAAAACUGCAAAGAAACUGUAUGAGCUGAAUAAUCUCCAUGCACUCAUGGCAGUGGUGUCAGGCCUGCAGAGCGCUCCGAUCUUCAGGCUGACCAAGACGUGGGCGUUGCUGAGCCGGAAGGAUAAAGCCACCUUUGACAAGUUGGAGUAUGUUAUGAGUAAAGAAGAUAAUUACAAAAGGCUUAGAGACUAUAUCAGCAGCUUGAAGAUGACUCCUUGUAUUCCCUAUUUAGGUAUUUAUCUGUCAGACUUGACAUAUAUUGACUCUGCCUACCCAUCCACAGCGAGCAUUCUGGAGAGUGAGCAAAGAACAAACUUAAUGAACAACAUUCUCCGAAUUAUCUCAGAUUUGCAGCAGUCGUGUGAAUACGAUAUUCCUAUGUUGCCUCAUGUCCAAAAAUAUCUAAACUCAGUGCAGUACAUAGAAGAACUACAGAAGUUUGUAGAAGAUGACAAUUACAAACUUUCAUUAAAGAUAGAACCAGGGACCAGCACCCCCCACUCUGCUGCUUCCAGAGAAGAUUUAGUAGGCUCUGAAGUCGGAGCAUCUCCACAAAGUGGACGGAAAAAUGUUGCAGCUGAAGGAGCUUUGCUACCCCCAACCCCCCCUUCUCCUCGGAACCUGAUACCCCACGGACAUAGGAAAUGCCACAGUCUGGGAUACAAUUUCAUACACAAAAUGAACACGGCUGAAUUUAAAAGUGCAACAUUCCCCAACGCAGGACCAAGGCACCUCCUGGAUGACAGUGUCAUGGAGCCUCAUGUCCCAUCCCGAGGGCAGGCUGAGAGCUCCACCCUUUCCAGUGGAAUUUCAAUAGGUAGCAGUGAUGGUUCUGAACUCAGUGAAGAGACUUCCUGGCCAGCAUUUGAAAGGAACAGGUUGUACCAUUCUCUCGGUCCGGGGACAAGAGUGUCACGAAAUGGCCAUCGAGGCCACAUGAAGGCCAGCAGCUCUCUAGAAUCUGAAGAUUUGGCUGUUCAUUUGUAUCCAGGAGCAGUUACUAUUCAAGGUGUUCUCAGGAGGAAGACUUUGUUGAAAGAAGGCAAAAAACCUACAGUAGCAUCUUGGACGAAAUACUGGGUAGCACUGUGUGGAACCCAGCUCUUCUACUACGCUGCAAAAUCCCUGAAGGCCACAGAGAGAAAACAUUUCAAAUCCACGCCCAGCAAGAACGUGUCAGUGGUGGGCUGGAUGGUGAUGAUGGCAGAUGACCCUGAGCAUCCAGAUCUCUUCUUACUGACUGAUUCUGAGAAGGGAAAUUCAUAUAAAUUUCAAGCUGGGAACAGAAUGAAUGCAAUGCUCUGGUUCAAACACCUGAGUGCUGCCUGCCAAAGCAACAGACAACAGGUUCCUGCCAACUUGAUGACCUUUGAAUAACAGGCUAAUUCAAAACUAAAAAAAAAUAAGAACAAUUUGAACCAUCUCAUAACUGAGAAGGAGGUCCUGAUGAAAAACGUGCCAGCUGUAUCUGUGCCAGAACAGAGCCUGUCCACUCGAUCUCUGAUCUCUGGAGCCCUGAACAAAACCACUAAUGGCUGGGGAGCAGAGUCCCCCAGAUGAAAAAUGGAGUUGCAACAUGAAUUGCCAUGGACCGUGCUUCGUUAUGUUCUCUGAACUGACCUGUGGAAACCACUGCCUUAAAGAGUGAAAGGAAAAACAACAUGAAACACCAAAUAGUGUGUGUGAAACUUCUGGCGGUGCUGUGCUUGAGUUAAAUAGAUUGUAGCUAGUUUGAGUUUCUUUUAACUUUAUACUAAUUUUGAAAAUAACUCACCUUUUUAGGCAUUCUUAAGAAAACAGGUAAACUGGUAUUUAAGAGCUGUAUCUAAAGCUAGGUAUGAACCGGGUAAGAGAGGUACUACAUGUCCUAGAGAUGUUGUUUAGACUGUACCAGGAGUUCUGGAUGGGAGCUUGUCCCAGGCACUCUUAGCCUGGAGCAGUGUUAUUUCUCUCAGACCUACAAGUAUAAAGUUUGAAACAGCAGUGAGUUUGCAAACCUUGGUCCUUCCUGCACAGGAGGCGGGUGCCCGACAGCGGCACUUACACACCAAAUACUGCUUUGGUACGUCGGGACCUCAUUCCUGGUUAAAACCACGUGGUUUGGGCGGUCAAGGGGUGUGUGUAAGAGACAAAACUCAAAGCACUGUUGGGUCAGCACUGAGUAUUUUCUUCCCAUUUGUUGAAUGACAAAACACCAACACCCGGGUACAGCUCACCGAGACGCUUUCCUUCUCUGGGUGUCUGCUAAUGACCAGUUAGGGACCACUGUUAGUGUGUGGUGUUUCCUAAUAUCACUUAAGAUGGACAUUUUUAAGAAGAUAGAGGCACAAUUUCAAAGCUUUCACGUUCUCAUUUGGCAAUAAUUGAUUUUAGUAUCUGUCUUGGUCGAAAUAGUUGACGUUGUGUGGUGUUGAUAACGUGGCCUAAAGCAGACCUUACGUGCAGAAGCUCUUUUAAUCUUCAGGCAAAUAACUAAUUUAUUAGAAGGUAGGAUAACCUAAGGAGAGAAAAGGUGUGGGACCAUCAAAAUUCUGUCCUUGGCAGGAAUCAUUCUUGGUCACUGGAAUUACUCACAGAGAAAAACAUUAUGAUUGUAAAAAGGGAGCUGUGCUUUAUGUGUGUGUUUGAUGCUUUUAAGAUUUUGAUUCUCGCUUUCUUGGGGUUUCCUUGACGUCACCUAGUUUCCUGGAUGAUUGGUCUCUCUUUAAUCUUAAAAAAUAUGAUCUUUGUAAAGCAAGGAAACGUUGUCCCAAGAUGUGACUCCGAUAUCAGAACUUUGAAGUUUGUGAAAAAUCAGUAACUGUUCCAUUGGCGUUGUGGUUUAGUGGCCGUCAAUACGCUUGCAGAUUCCACCAUGAAUUCUCCUUUUUAAAAAGAAACAAGCUACCUACCAGUCUGUUUGAGAGUUCUCUGACUAUCUAAUAAAGGUUUCUACUAGUAGUUGUUAUUUUGAAAAUGUAUAGUUUGUUUAUUGCAUCUGAGUAGAAGCCUAUAAAUUCACUUUUGGGCU